AUGGAUAUCACCAGUUCGAUCGUCUCUGAGCGCGAGCGGGCUCUGCUGGGAGGAGACUAUGAUGCCUACCAUGCUCAAGCCACCCGGAAAAUCCACAACCUCCGCAGGCGACUUGGUGCCGCAACUCGGGGGAAAAAAUACACUCCCAAGGCCCCAGUGACUGUAGAGAAUGUGUCCAAGAAUGCAGAAUGGGUGCAACUGCUUCUGGCCAGCUCCGAGCGAGCAUGGGCAUCUUCUAUGGCCAUGAAAUCGGCCCAGUCGGCAGAAAACACCCAGAAGCCCAUGCCCGGCUCCACGAAACGACAAAUCGCUUCCAGGCUUCGAAGAGCCAUUACCUACGCCGACAAUCUUGUGACGAUCCUGCAAGAUCGCAGCGCGACCGGCGCAAAAACGAUAGACGAACUCGAGGCACGUGCUUAUCUCGCCAUGUUAAGAGGAAGUCUGGAUUUCGAGAAGGGAAGAUGGCAGGGAUGUAUUCAGAAUUACUCCAUCGCUCAGGUUGUGUACACCACAUUGGCGCGCUCAUCGAAGACGGAUACGUACAAGGAACUGUUAUCAGGCAUCGUCGAACCCAGUAUUCGUUAUGCCGCAUACCAGAUGAAGAUGCCCCGCACAAAAGCCAUCAAUGACAUCGCUAUUGAGAAUUUCCCUCCUAGCGAAACCACUGUCCGGAAGGAGAUUGAGAGCAUCAAUCCACAGUCAUUCUCGACUGGGACAGAGGCUGCCCCCACGAAAGGAGGUCCCAAGGAAAUCCCCUCAACAAUAUCCUGGAGGGGUAGGAAAGUGAACCUGGAAGACGCCAACAUCUCUGAAGCCCUCGGUCUCGCUAAAGAACGGGAAGAUGAGUUGAACACAGCCUACAAAUCUUUCAAAGAUGGAUCUCUAAGUGCCAACGACCUAGCAACCGCUUACGAAGAAGUCAUCACCGCUCGUCAGGACGCCGCGGAUGCCACGAAGACUGCCAUUGACGAGCUGAUUGCCGAAGGCGUUGACACUGGCGAUGCUCGCCUGCAGUCACUACAAAUAACUCGUACGGCAGUUAAUUACGGCGUGAUCGAAUGGCGGAUUGGACGCAAUAGGGUCCUUUGUGGUGCCACGGAUGACGGUCUCGCUUUUGAGUCCGAGAAGCCUACAAAGGCCCUGAAGCCACGCAAGGACGGCAAAACCCGCGCCCCCAAGGAGGAGAGUUCAGGUCGCAAGCUAUCGAGGUUGCGGGAGAGGGUUGCACUCUACGACUCGAUUCUGCAGAGUCUCGAUGCUGUCAAGGAAUUACCUGGUGUCAUUGCGGACAGCGCUUUUGUGGACGAGCUUGAUGCAAAACGAGCAUACUUCCGUGCUUUGAAGUGUUUGGCUGUUGGCCGGUCACAUGCGAUCAGUGACCAUAUACCAAAUGCGUUGGCCCUGUAUGCUCGAGCACUUGGGCUGGCAGAGAGUGCCACAGCCGCGUUGAAAGCAGCACCCACCGACAACGAUUCAGCACCACCAAAACUCGACCUGUCAUCCCAGCACCUCACACAGACGACAGCCACUCUCAGCAAACUAGUCACUCAGUUCCGUGCACUGGCUGACUUGGAAUCUCUCGGCAGCGCAACGAAGCCAUCAUCCCUCAAGGACACCGCCUCAGCGACCGCCAUGAAACCUGCUCCUCUCAUCGAACGCCUCUCCCACAACGAAUACAUUCCGGACGUGGAUCUAACCAAUCUCGUGAACUACCCUCCAAAACUCCGCCCAGUGCCCGUGAAACCGCUCUUCUUUGAUCUGGCAUGGAACUACAUCAAGUAUCCCGGCCAGAAACGACCCGAAGGUGAUGCAGGAGCUGAGGAGGACGUACAGAUGGGAGGAGUCGGAGAGGAGGUGAAUGGAAAGGUUGAGAAGAGCGAGGAGCAGAAGCCAACGAAGAGAGGAUGGUUUGGCUUUGGCCGCUAG